AUGGAUGCAUUUUUGCGGAGACCUUCUAUUGAUGGGAGUGCUUCUCAAUCAUCUUUUGCAGGAGUUCAUUUUGCGCAACUGAAGAAUACGAAAAAUGAAAAGAGAUUCGACGCGUUGUCACCAGCCGAAACAGCGGCCCAUCUUGCACAGAAACCUUCAUCGUCACAGCCGAAAGAUAAAGCUCGUAGACAUAGAACAAAUAGGGUCCUUGAACAUCACCAGUUUGCGGCCGAACUCCUCCAAAGCGGACAGUCAAGUAAGGAAUCCGAACUACAAAAUCGUAACGAGUCUGACAGCGAAGAUAGCUUUGGUGCAAGGCAACAGGCUACUAGUAGAAGGUCCAGAAUAGUACCUAAGGAAGUAAGCAAUUCAGGAAACCUGACUCUUACGGGGCAGAACAAGGCUCGGCACUUGUAUGCUUCGUCAAGUAGCGAAAGUGAAUUUGAUGAAUGUACCGUUCUUGACCGUCGAACUCCGGCUGAAAAUAGCGAUGACGAGGCACUUUCACAGCGCAAACAGCGAAGAAAAAGGAUUCUAGGCUCGGAACUUGUAGUUCCAUCAUCAGGGUCACGCCCAUUGACCCAUGCCCCCCCUUCUGCGCUCGAAGGAAAACGACCACUGGGUCACCAUGAUUUCCCUCAACCUGCACCGGAAAACACCAGCGAGUCAAGUGGGACGAGCUCAAGAGGCCCCGAAUCGAGCACAAGCGGCGACUCUUCUAGAAGUGACGAUGAAUCAUCUGCGAGAGAUAGUGCCACCCCAGUGGUGUUUAUUCCCAGGAAAAUUCGUAACCUCGAAAAAUCAUUCGAUCUGCUUCAAGAAGCAGACGAAAAACGAUCACGCAAGAAGGCCGAAAAGAGUCAUAACCGGAAGUUAGAAUCACGUGCAAUGGUGGCAAGGCAAGUCGCGGUAUCUACAAGGAACACAGAUCACGACUAUACGGAAGAGUCUUACGGGGCGUCGAAUGGAAUCCCGGAUGAUGGUAACGAUAGCAAUGAGGAGCUGCUUGUGAUGCAUUGCGAAGCUUGGGAGCUGCGGGAAAUAGAACGGGUGCUUACUACACUUCAGCAGGAGCGGGAGAAAGAGAGCAGGCGACUAGCCUAUGAACGGCGGAAGCAACUUACAGAUGAACAGGUUAUGAAUGAAGAUAUCGAGUCUGCCCGAUACGCUCAGCCUGGGAAAAAUCGCUUGGAAAAAGCAGCAAAUACAAGUCGUUACUAUCAUAGGGGAGCAUAUUAUAUGGAUGACGAAGAAUGGGAUGACUCUGAUGUAAGGUAUAAGUCUGCCGAAUAUGCCAAAGCAAUGACAGGAGAAGAUAAAAUCGACAAAUCAAGAUUGCCGGAAAUUUUGCAGCGGAACAAGUUUGGAUUUGCUCGGCAAAAUACGAAGUACAAAGGAUUGGCUGCUGAGGACACGUCCGAUGCACGUUUGCAAAUCCUGCCCAUUGUCGGGAGAAAGAGACCAUGUUCUACAAAAGAAAAUUAG